AGAUACGGUACGGUUCUCGGGGACGAGACACACGACGUUGUGCACGGCCAACGCGGGGAAUCGCGACGACGAGAGCUAGGUUGCACCAGGUGACUCGUCAAUACGCGGGGGCCCGACGCGUUGCCGAUCACCCGUAGGCGCUUCAGCGGACGGCGUCAGCGGCGGCGGCGGUGACGACGACGACGACGACGACAACGGAGGAGAGGAGAAGGCGAAGAAGAAGCGGCGGUGACGGCGGCGGUGGCGGUGGUGGUGGUGGUGGUGGUGACGGCGGCGGCGGCGGCGGCGGUGGCGGAGGAGGAGGAGGAGGUGGUGGAAGACAGCAACAAAGCCCUGCUCGUCCGUCGGGAAGUACGAGUCCGUUUUAAACCGCCAGGAUGUCCAAGCCUGUCGAGAAGCCGGAACAAGUUUUGAUCAUCGAACCUCAAAACGAACUGAGAUUCAGGGGUCCGUUCACAGGUGGCCCUGUUACGUCGUAUAUAAAAUUAAUCAAUCCUACAAAUAAAAAAGUAUAUUUUAAAAUAAAAACUACUGCCCCGAAAAGAUAUUGUGUACGCCCGAAUUCGGGAGCUUUGAAGCCCAAAGAUGUGACGGAAAUCGCAGUCUGUUUGCAGCCGUACGAUUUUGAUCCAUCUGAAAAAAACAAACAUAAAUUUAUGGUGCAAACUGUGGUAGCACCAGAUGAUGAUGAUGAUGAAUAUCCAAUUGAUGUGUGGAAAGACAUAAAUCCAGACCAGUUAAUGGACUCUAAACUGAAAUGCGUUUUUGAAAAUCCUGUAACUAGUACUACUACUAGUACAACUAAAACAACUGCAACUUCCACAGCAACUAAGGCAGACUCUAAUGCAACUAAUGGAAAGAAUAAAACAGUCGGCGAUUCUGUUAAAUCGUCGCCAAAGAUUCUUGGUGAGGCAGAAGAACAACUAUUAAAAGCUGCGCAAGAGGUUAAUCAGCUUAGGGUACAGGAAAGCACGCUUAGGAAGGAAAAUCUUCAACUUAGGGAAGAUUUAAUGAAGUGGCGAAACACAGCACUGGGCAAUGAUGGUAAUCUUGCAGCGGCCAGAGGACUAACCUCACAGAGCAAUAGCCAGUUAUCUCCGACAACAACUAGUAUCCUCGUCGCCAUAGCCAUGGUUAUAUUCGGCUACUUUUUGGGAAAACUAAUCUGAACAGCCUGUAUCUUAUUGUAUACCUCAGUGUAUCCCCACCGCCCCCAAGUUUUUUUAGCCUGUCUUCUGCCGUCAUAUGCCAUCGUUCGAUCGCAGACACAGACUCCAAACGUUGCGUUACUCGAAUGUUCAUAAUAAAUGCUAUAAACACGAACGGUAGUGGUUUACAUUAAUAGAAUUAUGCUCGUUACGGGUGUGUGCUUAACCUGGUAAAAUGCUUGAUUUAAAUUUUAUUUUUUCUAAUUUUUCGUCUUCUUUUUAAGAACGUGAACUUAAUUGGAACACGUUAAGUAACGCUCGGUUUAUGUUUACCAUAGUUACAUCCUUAUUUUUGUGCUUGUAAAGGGUUUUUUGUACUCUGUAACUCGCGUCUUGUGCCCUGAAAUAACGCUGAGCAAAAUGCAUUCGCGAAUAACGAAUAAUGAUCUCGUGUAUACAUAUUUACAAAGUUUAAUUAUUCGUCAUUCGCAUUGCUCAACGCCUUGAAAUCUUAUUCGCGUACUGGAAAUAAUAAGUUACCAAUUACUAAUUGUUAUCGCACUCUUUCUCGAAUUUGUACACUUAUUCGCAAUAGGCCGAACCGUACUGGUGCAAGAGAUCACACAUGAGCGAGUGAGGAUGCUGUUAUACUGUCAUAGCAUCUUUCUCUACGUAUAAUAAAAUUCUUAAGUCACGCAUAAAUAAUAUUGUACAAUCGACAGCAGAAAUAGUGUCCACAGUUGCUGGUGUACCGAGAACGAUUGUUGCCCACGCUCGCUCGAUUUGCACUGCCUCGGUGCAUCCGCGCCAGGCGCCGUUCUCGUUCUCCGUUGUACAUAUUGUGUCCAUUUGAAAAAAAAAAAUAUAUAAACACAGUCGGGGCCGGAGGGGAAGAAGGGGGGGGGGGGUAGAGGCUGGCUGCUGAAGAGUAGUGGUUCAUGAUCCAACAAUUGGUUGUGUGAUAGUUUUAUCUCACCAGCGUUGGUAUAAAUGAUAAAGAGAGGGAGAGAGCGAGAGAAAGAGAACGUUAUAAAAUGCAUUGAACUUACUCGACGCUUCAGUGUACUUUUUAUUUCUUUAUGUUUGUCUUACGAAAAUAAUGAAUAAAGAUAUAUCUCGGAUAAAUCAGACAAAUAUCGAAGGGUUUUGAAUUUUGCACCUCUCUUCUCGUCCAAAUUGAGGACGCGACAAUUAUACAUGGAUACGAUAUUAAUUUUUGUCGAGAGGAGUCCGAAGCGAACGAGUCGCUCAAGCUUUACGAGCUGAUAACGAGUUAACCGCAGGUUGUCACAUUAAACUACUGUUAUUGCAGCACGUAAUACUCAUUUCACACACAGAUAUAGAGAUAUUUAUAUAACUGUGCCUUAGAACUUAGAGGCAAUAUAGCGUAAAAAUACGAUUUUAAUAUUACUGGCUUCCUUUGUCGCUCCGAGUUUUUUUACACCGCCUUUUCGGCAAUCUUUUUUUUUUUUAGCGAGCUACAAAUUUCCAUGUGCAUCUCGUAGUAGUUCUGUAAUAUGCAUGCGGAAGAUGUAAAGAAUACGUUUUGCCGUUAAAUUAGACACUGUAUAAAUGCGUUUUUUCGCUGCGCGUUUGACGCGUGUGCUUUAUGUCGGUGUGAAAUUUUUAUCGCUGUACGAGUUUCUAAUUCGGAGAGGCAGUUUAUUCGGACUUCUCUACAAUAGCGUUAUUUUCCAAGACACAUUCCUAUUGUAAAACGUUCGGUUUUGGCGCGCGAGGAGAACUCAGCGGCUCCUACAGCGCGAGAGAACGAUCUUAGAUCUUGAAUCGUGUAAAGUCGAGCUCUAUCUCUCCCUACAUAUAUAUAUUUUACAUGUAUACCCUGUGUAUUAAUUAUGCAGUUCGUUAAUUCGAAUCUGAUCUAUGUCGCGUCUUUGUAAAACAAUAUAUGUGUAUAUACACAUGCAUAUAUACAUAUAUGUAUAUGUAUGUAUAUAUAUGUGUAUGUUAUAUAUGUAUAUGUAUGUAUGUAUAUUCGUGCCUAAGAGAAGGCAAAUGCACGUUUCUCAUCUCGUGCGUUUUAUUUGCACCAGAGGUACUCUCCAUAUUCCGUAGAAAAAAAAAGAAGCGAUGCAAUUAGUAUAUGCACAGUGCAUAAACAUCCCUUAGAUACUACUAUUAUUACUACUACUACGUUAGUGAGAUUUUAUUACAGAUAUACCAAGAAUUUGUUGUAUAUGAUCUAUAUACGAUUGUUAUACGUAUAAUUAUAUAUAUAUAUAUCAUUAUCGAGAGUUUUUGCGGUUUUGCUUCAUGCGUGACACCAUGUUGUCACGUGCGAUUAAUAAUCUAUUAACAGCGAUUUCGUUAACACUCGUGUUUGAAUAAAAGUAUUCUAUUAAAGAAUGUA